AUGUCUACGAUGCAGAAACUUUUGGUCGUUCUUACAUCACAAGAUGUGCUUCCCACACGGGCCAACAUGAAAACUGGAUGGUAUCUCCCUGAGCUGGUUCACCCAUAUAACGACUUGGAUGGCCACGUCGAGCUCGUUGUGGCUUCACCCAAGGGGGGAGAAGCUCCCGUUGACCCAUAUUCCAUCGAGGAUUCUAAGAAUGAUGAAACGUGCCAGAGGUUCCUCAAAGAACAGGGACAUGUCUGGAAAGAUACGCAGAAGCUUGAAAGCUUCCUUGGCAAGUCUGGCGAGUACGUCGGAAUAUUUUUCGUUGGAGGUCAUGGACCUAUGUUCGAUCUAGCCAUAGACACCACGUCUCACGCUCUGAUUCGUGAAUUUUAUGAAUCGAACAAGCUGGUCUCUGCUGUUUGCCACGGGCCCGCGGCCCUGGUCAACGUCAAACUAUCAGAUGGAAGCUACAUGGUUCAGGGCCAGACCGUCACGGGAUUCUCCAAUGCCGAAGAGGACGCCUACAAGUUCACCGACGCAAUGCCGUUCUUGCUCGAAGACGAAUUGAAGGCACAUGGCGGGCUGUAUGAGAAGGCGGAUCAACUGUUUGGCGUGAAGGUGGUUACUAGCGGUAAGAGUGAGAACUUGAUUACUGGGCAGAAUCCUCCUAGCGCUGGAGUUAUUGGCAAGGUUUUGUUGCAGGCUAUUCAGAAGCGCACGCUUUAA